AAGUUGUCACGAAAUUGGUCGGUCGGCUGACAAAUAGGUGUGUGUGUGUAGAGGCCUCUGUAUUGAUUGCGGUCAUAUGUGGUUCCACAAGCCCGUCACUUCCAUAGUGAAGUGUUAAGUCACGAACACAACCGUCUUGCAGCUCGUGUUAUAAAAGCAAAACGCUCGGCUCUUCUUGUUUCUUUUGAAGUACCUAAGUGCCCUGUCAGCUAUGGAUGCGUCCCCUCUUAAAUGCAACGCACCGACUGUGAUGCGUGCAAGGGGGCCGCCAGAACUGGUUCCUUCCAUAGUACUGCAGGGCCAUGGCAGCUUCAGUAAGAUAAAGGUUAUGGGUGUACCGCUUCAAGAACAUACUGAAGACAGUCACGUCGAAGUGGAAGUUUAUUACUGUGGCCUUAACUUCACUGACAACUAUCUGCGACUUGGUAUAAUAAAAAGCGAGAAAUUCCCGGUAAUAAUGGGCAGCGAAUGCGUAGGAGUCAUACUCGACGUUGGAAGUGGCGUCAGCGACCUCAGGGUGGGGCAGAGGGUCCUCUGUUUACGAAUGCAUGGUGGCCUUUUCCGCCACCACGUCCACGUUCCGAGAAGGAAUUGCUUCCUACUGCCAGAAGAAAUGACCAUGAUAGAGGCAGUAUGCAUCGGCUUAGACUUCUUGGUGGCACACCUUUGUCUCUUCGAAGUAGGGCGCAUGAGGGACAAAGACCGCAUUUUUGUGCAGUCUGUAGCAGGUGGUGUUGGCACGUCCAUGGUCCAGCUUGCGAGAACUCUAGGGGAUGACGUCAAAAUACUUGGAACUGCUGCAGAAACAAAGCAUGAUGAUGUUUUAUACCUUGGCGCGAAUCGUGUUUACAGCCACGAAGAAGAUUACGUAGAAGACAUUCUGCAGCAGUACCCUGGAGGUGCUGAUAUUGUCAUAAAUAGUAACGGUGGGAGAGAUAUUACAAAAUGCUUAAAAUUGCUGAAACCAUUUGGAAGGUUAAUUAAUAUUGGUUCAAACAGCACAGCUAUAUACCCAAGAUCAACGUACUGGGGAAUGGUCACACCGACAUGGGAUACCAAGCAUAUGACACCUGGAGAGGUCUUGGACAGUAACUGCAAAAUAACUGGCCUUAACAUCGAAGACUUGAUGCAGGCCUAUCCACAGAAAGUAGAGUCCAUCGUGGAAAAAGUAUUCGAGUUGUUUUGCUGUCAGAAGAUACGAACACGUGUACAUGUGGUCGUUCCCUUCGAAAAGGUCGCUGAAGGAAUAAAGAAAAUGUGCACAAGGGCGAACACGGGCAAAGUGAUAUUGUUCGUGAAACACGAGGUCCACAGAACUGCUGUCCCUCGCUGUCCAGUAACUGUUGCCAAAGCUGUUAGUAUUAGUAUCCUUUCUCAUGAGGAGGAUCACGCAGAAGUGUGUGCUGCACAGGGAGAGCCAGGCACUGAAGCUGAGGAUUCAGCUAGUGAAAGAAGCGAAUCUUCCCUUUCGGAAGAGGAUCUGGGUAUCGAAAAAGAUGUGGAGGUGGUAGAGGAAGAGAUCGAAGACAUGGAAGAGGAUACGGAAUCGGAGGAAGAAGUGUUUCCAGAACUUGAAUAUGAGGAGAAGGAUGAGGAGGAUGAGGAGAAGGAUAAGGAGGAUGAGGAGAAGGAGGAGGAGGAUGAGAAGGAGGAGGAUGAGGAGGAUGAGGAUGAUGAGGAGGAGGAGGAGGAGGGUGUUGAGGAGGGUGUUGAGGAGGAGGAGGGGGGUGUUGAGGAGGAGGAGGAGGAGGAGGAGGAGGAAGAAGUAAAUACAGAGCUUUAAAAUUAUCUUUUUACUGUGUCAUGAACUGAAAAGUAUUUACAAAAAAUCAGUUGUGCCGGUUGUGCAGUACUAAGCUAAUACACUAAGCUUCCUUCAGUUAUUUACUAACAUCAUUGAGACAUAUAACACACCAAACAAUGAGUCCUGGUCCUUCUGUUUGUUAUGAAACAGAAAUAUUUUCAGAGGAAAUGGGGUUCCUCUUGUUACAUGAACUACCAAAAUAUCUUAUUACUAUUCCUACCCAAACAUGUUAAGAUACUUACCGUUAGUGGGGACUUGAUUAAGGUUAACAGGUGCAAUAUUCAUAAAUUAUUUAUAGUAGCAGACUACUUGUGAUGUGCUGCAACAUGUCAAAAGGAAUUCCAUUCUUCAGUUUCCUUAUUUGAGCACAUAAGAUAUGAGAUUUUGUGGUUUGCAUAACCUAUUGUGAAAAUGAUGGAAGCAUUUUAAAAAUAUUCUGUUGUGCCAAAUAAAACAUUUUACAUUUAAGUAACUUUCGUUUCUCGAACGUGAUAAGACUUUGUGAGAGCUACUUACUUUUCUUCGCACUGGUAUAGCAAGUAAUGUACAUGUACCCUGCGUCAAACUAAUUGUAUGGUAUCUACCUCGUAGGGCCUCACUUCCCUUAGGUUCUGGCAGGGGAAGAGCUUGUGA